AUGAAGCUGACCGCCAUCCUCGCCGCAAUUUCUCUCUCCUCAAUCGUCGUCGCGGCCCCUGUACCGACUGAAUCGCGCCGAGGAAUGAUUCCCAAGCCAAUGGAUUUGAUUGAGAUGAUGUAUCCUCACUCAGGUAUUCCAAGGCUUGCCGGGAAACUUGAGAAGGAAUUGCAUAUCUCGUUUUAA